CUCUGUUGCUUUCAUGACAUAUUCGCGUUUGAACGAACGUGGAUCGGAAUAUGUGUGCGCGCAAAGGGGCAAGUGUCGGAGAGAGACGAAUGCGAGCAACGGAACGUAAAGUUUUCGAAACGGAAUGUUGAAAUGUUGGGGGGAAAAAGAUAGAGAUAGUAAACUCUCCGAGUAGUUGUACAUAGAGAUGAAAAGAGAAAGAACAACUCGAAGGAAAGAAGGAAUAUAUCGAGACGAUGACAGUUGAUGUACACCGAUCCGUAUUGCGUAAUUUUGCAGUGUGUUAGAUUAUCGGACAACCAAUUGAGUGGCGUGUCGGUCGCUGUCUGUCGGUCGUUGUCGCCGCCGCCAUUAUUUGUAUGGGCGAGCGACGAAGCGUACGAACGCGUAAACGUGUGAACUGUGCGAACGGUGGGAACGGUGUGAACGGUGCGAACGGUGUGAACGGUGCGAACGGUGCGAACGGUGCGAAGAAACGAACGAGUGACGAAUAUCGAGCACCGAGGAGACAAAAGGUCGAACAACGCGACAUGUGUUAACGGUGGUUGCGUUUGAUGGGCACAACUGAAAAUGUCUACACGUCGAAGAGAAUAGCUAUGAAAGAUCUCUGGAUUCCACGCGCUCGAGUGCGGAUUAAUGCCUCGAUCGCUCGCGGGAUAAUGGAGAUUUGGCAACAGAAGGUUACAGCAACUGUGUAGUGCACCUACCGUGGCUAUCUCGCGCAGUGAUGAUAAUAGUGUUUGCCAUGAUAGAAAACGCAGAGUGUUCCUCUCCGACGUGUUACGAUGCGAGCAAUGUAGCUUUACCCAAGGGAUCGGACGCGAUUUGCUCGUAUCCUUAAUCGAAUUAUAUUCCCAGUCCGAACGAGAUUUUUGCGGUUGGAUUUUUCCUCGCUUACGAUGCGUGUUCGAGUCUGAUGUUUCUCGAUUCCUUGAUUCCUCGUUUCCUCGUUUCCUCGAUUCUGUGCUUUCGCACGGCUCGAAUAGUCGAAUACGCGAAAACUCGCGUGCUCGUUGGACAGCUUCUUUUCCUGGAAACAUUAUGUGAUACCCCGUCUUUCGGAGCUUUGGAACUGGAUCCUUUCUUUUCUGCUUCCUUUCGACGAUACAGAUUCGAAAUAUAACAGGAUGUUGGAGCUUUCCUUUUCGUAUCGAAAAGGGAAUGUUGGCCCUGCGACGAUGUUGAUGCUCUUGAUUUUAUCGUUCGGUGACAUACCUUCCGCCAGUACCCACGGUUCCUGCGAGUUCCCGGCGAGCUGGGCCGGCGAGUGGUACCAGAAUGGAAAACUCGUAUCGAUUACUGUGAACGCAACCGUUUUGGGUGAAAGGACGUGCGUAGAACGAUCCACCGAUUCGUACAUCAUCUAUGGGGACAAUUGUUAUCACUGCAUAAUCGUGAACGACAGGCACGAGAACGUGAUACAGUUUCGCGAAGGUUACUGCAACGCGAAGAAAAGCACGUUGGAGGAUAUGUGCUCCACCAUCAAGUCGGACGAUACCCUUUAUUCUAUGUUUCGCGUGAAUUCCAAGCCGAUACCUUGCCCUUUCAGCGGGCCUUCGUUUACGUUCUCGUACGACAAAGGCUACGGCGAGUGCCUGUCUCCCGUCAGCCUCGGCGAAAAGUGUAUCGACGAGAGUAAAUUACUUCUCAAGUAUCAAGCUUGUCCGGAUAUCGAGAAAAGCGAAAGCAGCAUGGAAGAACUGCAGUGCUUGGCCGUGUGGAACGACGGUCGUAACAAGUAUCUGGUUGGCACUUUGAAACGACGAAGCGUCUCGGGAGCAGAGAAAACGUACAGAUGCUUCUUGUACGAAGAGAAGACCCACCAUCAAGGAAAAGUGGUAUAUUUGCUGGCUCAAUCCGGUGAACCUACCUGCAACGGUCUAACCACUGUUUCCGAGGGAUCGCCGACAAUCAAACUCACGAAAGUCGACAAAGAACAUAACAAGUGCAAAUAUCCUUCGUGGAUUACCGAACAUCACGACUGGCAUUCUUUGGAUGGUACCAAGAUUUAUCACUUUACGAACAAAAAUGCGACGCUCAAAGUACGAGUACAAAACACGGAUGGAGAUACGUUUCACGACGAGAAAAUUGUCUGUCAUAAUUUGGAGAAGUUACAUUCCACCGACAGUACGCAAGGAUACAAAGUACAACUAAUCGCUCAUGUUACCAGUGGCUGCGAUAUCGGUUACGUGUGUAUGAUAUUUCACAAAAGGGAUCACCAUAUUAUAGAGCUACAACAAUCUGAUCAAAAGGCUAUAAUGCCGGACGAGGCGUGUUCUCUUUCGGAUACAUCCACAAUGCCGUACACCACGCUGAUCAGCUCGUCAUUGCGUCAAAGAAAGUGUCCGAACCACGGUAGAUACACUAUGAUGGGAUUUCCUCCAUUUCACCUGGCUAGUACAUCGAUUCGUCGACAGCGUCGUAGCGAGAAACGCUUCUCGAGAAUUGUUAAAAGGAGAACAUGGAACGAGGAUAUUCAACAAACAACGACGCAAGAACAGCAGCAGCAACAGCAGCAGCAGCAGCAGCAGCAGCAGCAACAACAACAACAGCAGCAGCAGCAACAACAGCAACAACUGCAACACCAGGAACAGCAACAGCUACAUCAUCAUCACCACCAUCACCAUCAACACGGACGGGAACAACAACACCAACAACAGGAGCAAUACGGAGACGAGAGUACCAGUACCGAUAUCGAAAUAGGAUGCACUUCGUCGGAUCAGAAUGAGAUUAUUAUUAGAAAAACAUGUGACAGGGAAGAAACAACGUAUUACUGCCACGGAAGCUGGGAAGAGAGGGGUACAUGGUACACGAUAGUAUCGCGAAAAACAAGUCAAAUCUCUCCAGGACUGGGACAGACGUUUUGCUUGUCUAUGCGAUUCAACGGAAACGCGGGAAAGUUUAUGACAGGAACAAACGCUAAAGUUAAACUAUCCGAACAAGAAGUUUGGGUUGCAAGAUUGGAUCGUGUUUGUCAUAGAGAACCCGCCGAGGAUGAAUGGACCCAUACCCUCGUCAGCCAAGGUGUUUGCGAGGACGUAACAAAGGCAGCUUCCAGUUUAGCGCCAUUCCUUCCUUUAUCGAAAGUCUCGUUCGUUAUAAUUAUCGGGAGUUGCGCGGCUUACAAGUAUCUGCUGAGAUGAUAUGCGUAUUUCAAAUGAAAUGAAAGCGAUACUCGUGACAGCGGUACCCGUUCCUCUGAACUCUUGUACAAAUGGAGGACAGAAGAAAGCUGGAAAUCCCUUCGAAUCUUAGUUGUUUUCCUCUUUUGUUUCAACAAGCCGGAAUCAAGACUAAGAAGCGGGCAAUUCUAAUCGAAUGGCACGAAUCGCGUCGAAGAAUGUCGUGAAACUCGUAAAUCGUUUGUACGAUUGCCCGUGAUCCGGCAUUUCCUCCUUUUCCACCUCUUUCUCCUUUGUAUUUGUUUACUUCCAACUCGUUUCACUUUGGGCAGCUUAAAGAUAAUCAUGAUAGUUUCACUUGCGUCGUUUAUUCCACCGUUACGUAGUCGUUCGAUAUACUUUUCCCUUCGUUUGUUCUCUUUACGAAUGAAACGCAUCGUCUUUCGACUACUUUUCUAUUCGCUGACAUACAGUUAUUCGCGUUUCACAUAGAUUCACAUAUUUUAGGUACGUACUUAGAUUUUACGUAUUAGGCUCGCGUGCUUCUCGCGCGUGAGAACAGAGAACUUUUUAUACUAAUGUUUAGAUCUUGUGCAUUUAUACGCAUGCUUUUUCUUGUAUUUAUAUUAUCCUCCGAAAGUGUGCGUCGCGAGGAAAAGAAAGUGUUUUCUGGCACGGUAAGAGAUCUCACACAGAGAUAUCGGCUUAUCGAGGUGAGAACACGAACAACGACGUUACGAUAAUGUUUCGUAAAAACUGCGAAUUUGUAGACAUUUCAGAUUCAAGUUUUUUUCAAUCAAACAGACCUGGCUAUCGAACAGACCGCCCGCGGUUUUUGUAGAGACAAGCAGGGUACGACGAGUCAAAACUACGUUUGAGUAAUCAUUCGAGGUGAAAUCCGUACGGUUCUAGAACGACAAGUUCGGUUCGUCUAACGCGUAACAAUUACGAUAAGAGAGCCCUUUUUACAUUUUCAUCGACUACGUAUUGUACAUAAUAAUUUAAGCACUGUAUAAAGACUGUUUUUAAAGAGUAUAAGUUUCUCUCGACUAACGAUCGCGACAGAAAUGCGCGCGAACAAUUGACGGGAUUGUUGGUAAAGGAAAAAUGGUUAAAAUCGAACAAGUUAUUAUUCUCGAGCGUUCGCGAAACAAACGAAGCGAAGUAUCGAGAGACUAAUUAAUGGACAGAGUGAAGUGAUCGGUUUCUAAUGCAAAUCUAACAGCAGACCAUCGUUGAAUCGCCUUCGCUGUUUGAUCAUUUCGUUUCCAAGACACCAGUGAAUCGUACUUAAUUUCCUGGAGACAAGAUGAUGCGUCCAUUGCGCUCGUUUCAUUCGCAAUAUGGGAAUAUUGCGGGACAUUCACUCGGAUAAACGAUCGGAAAACUAAAAGGAAGCCGAACGAUAAAAUGGUAAAGCAUCGUACAAUACAUAUAUCCAUAUGGUGUGUGGAAAAUGAAACGUGUGCGUACACGAUCCUUGAAACUAAUAUACGUGUACGAUGAUUCAUCUAAUUCAUAUAAAGUAGAGAAAUUUUUAGGACGGAGAUGAAUUUUUAUUUUUAUACGGAUAAAGCUAUCGUUCCUCAUUCGAUUUCCCUGUUGGUUACUCCUCGACUUGUGUUACCCCUUUAGAGAAUUGAAAAAUCCUCGUCGGUCGGUUAUCCCUGAUUUUUCCUCUCCGCUGUACAUGCUCCCCGAACCUGCGUUUCUACACUUCACUUUAUUCCUUCUAUAUUUGAUACUUUUUUACAAGAAUGAUAGGAUUACCGUGCGUCUCGUCCAUAAGGAAUAUAAUAUAUUAUUCGAUAGAAUUGCAAGAGCACGUUUCUGUGCAUCUCUGCGUCUCUGUGUCUCUGUGUUUCCUUCGAGUCGAAUGGGAAAAGAUAGAAGAGAGAAAGAGAGGCGUUCGGAUACACAGAUCCGCGGGAGUGAACGUAAAUCGUAAUUGACCAGGCAGACGAUUUUGCAAUGUCUAAUACAUGUAUAAGUACGCGUGCGCUUUUGUACAUUUUGUAUGAUGGGUGCGAGUCGUCGAGCUGGAAUGCAUGCAGAAGUGUGUACUGUACGUUGACGCGUUGGGUUCGCGUCUCUGUGAAAACGACUGAGUUUCAGUCUACGUCUGCGUACGUUUGCGAUUACUGUUCUCUUAUGAUUGUGAUGUUAACGCAACAACGACGAUCAUUACGACGAUUACGACAAAGACUGUCUCGGAGAUAAAAACGGUACGAUUCGAAAUAAAAAUAGUAGCAU